CGCUAAUCACGCUGACGCCUGGAUGACCUCAACAAAACCAGCAGAAAUCAUGUAAACUAGCAAUUUCUGCGUGUUAGCGAAUCAAAAUCUAAGUUUUUGAUUAAGUUACCGUAUUACACUCAAAAGUGUGGACGGAUUAAUGACGACUUUUAGAAGUUGAACUCGGUAAGUAGUAACAUGUCUUGUCACCUGCCCGCGUUUGUACAUGUGUGCUGUAAAAGUCCGCGGGAAGAAAAUAGUUCCUACAGCUCUCAUUCAAGAAAAAGUAAACAAAUGUGCAUAAAAAUGAUCGCAAAGAGGUGGUCUGUUAUGACUUCUUUAUAUCGCAGCAUUCAGGGGGUCAAGGUCUGGUUGUUUUCUGCUAUAUUAGCCGGUUGCUAGCUGUCAGCUGAAUGCUAACCUGCAGGUGUGUCCUGGUCUCGUAUUCUCAAGUUAAAUAACUUUAUGUGCAAAUAAAAGAGAAAUUAACGCUGAUUUAAGGAGCUCAGAAAAAAAUUACAUGCUCCUUAACUGGGAAAAAAAUAAAUAUGUAUGAAGUAAAUGAUAAAGGUCCUGGAAGUAUAUGCUCCCUUGUUUAAUAAGUCAACUGGACUCAGUUUUUACUCAACAAUAUUUUUAUCAUUUUUAUACAGAACAAAACAGCACAGUGAGCUAUUGAGAGAGCACAAGAUACAAAGGAAACAUUAGUCACAAACACCCCCAGACCCUGUCUACCGCUGGAUAUUCCUGUUACUGUGCUUAAAGAACAAAUUCAACAAAAUGAGUUAAAUGAAUUACUGUGCGGUAAGAGAAAUACAAAUGUAGAGAAGUCGCUAGAAACUUAAAAAGUCCAAAAAAGAGAGAAGAAUUUAAAUUGUAUGAUUAUAAAACAUCACAGAUAUAUAUAUCACAAAAAAACUGGAGUGUGAGAGGUAAACGUUUCUACUAAAAUAACAACUCAAGUACCACAUUAGAGGAUGCAAAAUAUAGUUAGUCAAACUUAGAUUAAGUUAAUGCAGUGAACAAAGUGUGAGGUUAAGCUUACUGUAGUAAUACCAACUGAGAAGUGCAGUGAUAGUGUCCUCCACACUACACAAGGGAACAUGUAGACGGUCAUAAAACUAGUUCUCAUGGUACUGUAAGGUCCAUUAUUGCUUUUCAUGGGUUCUCAUUAGGGCUGGUCAUAUCCCGAUAUAUUUAGGCUGAAUAUCAAUAUAGGAUAUAUAUCCUGAUAUUGUUUUCGCAAAGUGAGAGCAAAUGUUUCGUCACAGUCAAAGACAAAUAUGGCAUGUCACAUGUCUUUGUUUAAAGCUUUUGUGCGAGAAACACCAGCCUGUCAACAACAGCAUCAGAUAUCUGUACAUCGAUAUGUGAUAUGGUCCAAUUCCACAUCUUAUUUAAAAAUAUAUUGAUAUAUUUCUUAUAUCGAUAUAUCGCCCAGUCCUAGUUCUCAUAUAAUCUCACUGUUUCCAUGUUUUAGACCAAAAUAAGUUUUCUUGUUGCAACUUUAAAAAAGUAAAAGACAUUUUCCAAAGUAUCGUGUUCUGUUCUGAGUUGAUUCAGAGGAAGUGCAGAAAGACUCUUUUCUUCAAUCUAUCUAUCACCACCAUUAUUGAUUUGCCGUCACCCUCUGGGGUCCUCCUCUGCAGCGAAUGGGGAGAUGUGGUGUUACCAAAAACCCGACUAUGAAGCCCUCCUCCUUGCAGAGCUGCAAAGACAGCAGCAGUGCAGCCAGUUCUGUGACACGCUGCUCAAGACAGAAGGUAUGAAGACAAACAACAGCUCACAAACAGCAGCCACUAACCCACUGUACUCUUGCUGUCACUCUGAUAAUCACUUGGUUCUGGAGGCAUACACAAGCACCACUUGCAAAUGCUCCCUGUGUUGCCAUCCUAACAUGUCCUACCAUGUUGUUUCAUGUAUCUGUGGAAGCUGUUAUUAUCCCUCCCUAACUCUCUCUCUUUCAGGUGUUUCUGUACCUGCUCACAGCUGUAUUCUUUCAGCCAUCAGCCCUCAAAUGUCCUCCUCCCUGUCCGCCAUGCCGCAGCCCCCUGCAGGACAGAGUCGUCUCCUGGAGUUUCAGGCUCUGGGCGCCAGCACUCUCCUCCAAAUAGUUAGACUGCUGUACUCAGGAAAGAUGGUGGGGCAGGGGGAGGAAGAGAGGCACGAGGCUGUUUCUGCUGCAGCCAGGCUGGGCAUCCACGGGCUGGUGGAGGUUAUUAGAGGAAUAAGUGGUGCAGCAGAAAGCCGGCACAAGGAGGUCGGUGUGCAGACAGAGCCGAUGAUUCUUGGGGAAAACAGAGGGAGAAGAGGUUGGUGGAGCAGAGAGGAGAGGGAUGGAGUUACUUUUCUGAGGAGAGGGUCAGAGGGUCAAAAAGAUGCAUGGGCUCAGACAGAGGAGCCCCAGGUAAACACCAAUCCUCCCUUACAUCAAGCUGUCUCCUAUGAGACCAUUGACGUAGGUGCUCUCCAGACAUUAGGAUCAUUAGACCUCCAUCAAAUUCAGACCCAAUUCUCCUACAUCCCAGUCUCUCAUGUCUACCCACCAAAUGAAAACCAAGGCGAAGCAACUUCAGGUGCCGACCCUAGGAGCUGGUGGUGUACAUCUCAGGAUAACAUCUCAGGAUUCACCAGCUACUCCCAGAAUCCUCCCAGGAGGGAGGGCCGCCGCAGGGGCCGACCACGAGGUAGCCGGGCUGUAGGAACUAGAAGUGCCAGAAGAACUAGGUCCGAAGCGAGAGGAGCCAGUAGACCACGAGCAAGCACAGGAGGGAGGGGAAGAGGAAGGGGGAGAGGAGGUAUAACACAAACUGUGGAUGUGCAGACUGUAGGGGUGGGCAAGAUUCAGAAGAUGUUCCUGCAGAGGUGGGGAGUGAGAACGCCCAGGACUGGGCAGGGUGGAGGUGCUGUGGGACGGAUGUUGUGUCUGAAGACCAGAGAGAUUCUGAAGACGACCAAGAGCUGUACACGGAGGAGGCGCGCUCAAAAAUGGGACUUCGGUCAGAGUGGAGAUUUGGGAGAGAGAGGAGGAGGUCAACUGCGGCAGGUGAGUGUGUGCAGCAGUGUCAGUGAUAUCAAAGCCUGACGAGGGGACAGAAAGUAGUAAUUUUAAUGAUUUAUCUGAACAAAAAGUUUAAGGUCCAAUUAAUGAAUUCACUAAUCCACAGUUUAAGAGCAGCUUGGAUUCUAAAACAAGACAUAAAAGGCUUCACAAUCCAGGUUAUAGAUAAAGACGAUUUUCACAGCAGUAAUGUGAAAUCGACUAACUUUGUCAUGCUUUUCAACCAUCUCAUGACCUUUUUUCUCUCCCUCCCCCCACCUCUCAUAAAAAAAUAUGUGGAAGGAUUUUUUUGUAAUUGUCCCUCUUUUCUUCCCGUUACUACAGAGCGACCUCCCCGCUCAGAGAGAGAGAAUCACACCAACGUCAGCCUCCUUUUCUUCUCCUCCUGUGUGUUUUUACAACGUACACCAUACAUUACCAGCCUCCAGCCCCGCUCUCCAGCCCUCUCUAUCAUCCCCUGCAGAUUUACACCAGCAUCCAGCACCGUCCCUCCACCACAUCACCUCCCUCCCAUCUCCAAACCCUCCACCCAAUGAGCCUGAACACAUUGAUCGCCUCUUGGAGGAAGUGAUGAUGGGCCUUAACAUUUUGCCGAACCAAACCAAGCACCAAGAAAGUACAACUGUACUUGUUGAAAGAGGAUCCAGACAUGUUGGUGGUGGUGGUGGUGGUGGUGGCAGCUCCUCUGGCUCUGCAGUACCUGUCCUGCAGCAGCAAGGAGAGGGGGAGCUGCAUGACAUGCUGGAGAACUUCCUCCAGUCUUUUGAGCAGCAUCUUCACAGCUGUUCCACCACAGAGGAGACAGAGAAAGAUGGUCAGAGCAGCGCAGAUGCAGCUCUGAACAAACACAAAAGAAGGACCAAUAAAGCGGACACUGUGCAGAGCAGCUCACAGCCACGCAGAUCUCCUGCUGUUCCUCAGAAACCCACAGAGACGGCGACACGUGUCAAAGUACGUCCUAAACGACCAAGAAAGAGGAGAAAAAAUCAGUAUCUGUUUACAAUGGAGAGAAAGAGGGUAAGAAAGCGUGUGUCUUCAAGUAAAGCAAAGGACAAAACUGUCCCUGAUCGAGGAGACAGGCAGCUACAGCAGAUGCCUGUGGUGAAACUGGAGAGGAGUGGCCCGCUGCCAGCCCGAGUUACGCUGCAGGGACUCAGCUGUCAGAGCCAGGAAGAGGUGACAAACAUUUUGAACAACUCUGCUCUCAUGCCUCUGAUUAUAUCCGCUGUCAUCAUCACACACACAUGAGAUUACUGAUGUGGCAAAGUAUCUAAAUGAAAAUGUAUGUGGUCUUUUUUUUUUAGGGUCCGCUAAUAACAAAGAGCAGUUCAUUGCCAGAGACGGACACGAAUGGAGGCUGGACGAGAAAGGUUUACCCAAUCAGGAGCAGAUUCAGGGAGGCACACAUCACGGUGAGGACGAAUCUUUUAACAAGGAGGUGUCAUGGUCCAGGAUGAUUUAUCUUUAUAACUUUUGUGAUCUUCUAAGCUUUCCUCUAGCAGCAAUAUUUCUUCAUCUACAAGAACGGCACACAACUUUUUCACAGACAUCCACUGGUCCUCGGCAGUGAAAUUUUAUCUCUGAGUUUGCAUGAAGCAUUGUUUGGGGGUCUAAACCUGAAAUCAUCAUGACCAAAUUUAGAUAUUUCAGUUCUUCCUCAGUUGCAAUACAGUUUGUGUGGCCUUGCAUACUGAAGGUCUUUAACACAAGUAAGACAUUUUGCUGAAGCCAGUUUCAAAAGUGUGCAGACUGCAUUCCAACACAUCUCUCAUAGCCCUGACCUGCAAAGAACCGACCCUGAUGACUUUAGUGAUUGUUGGCUCAUGGCCUUGUCAAGGGUCAAACUUACAGGAGAAAUAUGGAAUCAGAUUUGUGUCAAAAUAAUCAAACAAAACUUCAAUUUGUAGCAAAAAUAAGAAUUUGAGAGAAAAUAAAAGUCACUGAAGCAAAAAAAAAAGUCUUCUCAAAAGUAAAAUAUGUCACUUGCAAACAAAUUAUUUGUGCAAUUGUGUAAACUACUGGUCUUUUACUUUUUGUCAAAUAUCCUUUUGUUUACAGUUUCUUCUGUUUCUUUCUCCCUGACCAGAUUUUCGCUCUCACUGCCCGUUUUACAGUCUUGCUGCCAGCUCUCUCGUUAGCGCUCUCUGAGUUUUUGUCUGCGGUUCUGACUCAAACCUCUUGCGUGGGUGGGACUUUUCAGGGGUGCAGGGCCAUUGGCUGGUGAAUUUUUGUGUGACACCUCAGUGGCCGGUGUUGUGCUGAGAAAUAAAUACUCUCUGCGUGUUUAUGUCUUCAGCUACAUGUAUCCUCAUCAUCAGCAUGUUGGUAUUGUUUUUAUGAUUUCAGAGCUUUAAGCAGGACUCUUGACUCUAUACUUAUCUAUAUAAUCUAUGAGGGUUCAUUUCUUUCACAGGACUCUAUGCCCUUUCUCCAUGAACCACUUCUAACUAAACAACAGCAAACAGCUGAUAAACCAUGUUCCAGGCAAAGCAGGUCCAGAAAUAAUGGACAACUUCACGGCGUAUGUAACGGCGAGAGUUCAGUGUCACCAGUUCAACAGCAGCAGCAGCAGCACCCCCCCGUGGAUGAACAAGAGGAAAAUCAAGAACAGCACGAAGAAGGAGAAACAAAUGUCCAGCCACAUGGAAAGGCGAAGGGGCUCAGAGCGACCGGAGAGAAGAGGGGGGCUGAGUCAGACGAGGAGACAAGCGAGGAUACCAAUGAAGCCAAGAGGUUGUGUUUAGAGCAGCCAACACAAGGAGAAACCUCUGUGUCUGCUGAAUCAGCGACCACAGAGAGGCCACAAUCCACAGAAAAUCUGAACCCGGGUUCCACUGGAAGCUGUGAAGGAGACAUAGAUGAGGACAUCGAUGUCAUCGGAGGCUCCAGUCCUGUCCCUGAUCCGGUGAUCAUCAGCUGGUCGAUGUCUUCAGAAGAUGAGGAGGAGGAGGAAGGUGAACCAGAUGAGGAUAUUGACAUUAUUGGAGACAAGACAAACUACGGUCCGUCAGCGUUUUCGACUGCUGUGAAAGACGAGCAUGAAAACAACAGCUUGAGGUCCUCUUUAACUUUAGUUUGAGUUAAACUCCUGUCACUAGAGGCAGAAAAACAUUACUGUAUUUCUUUUAAUUUCCAGGACACGUUGUUGAGUUCGGUUUUAUUUAGCUUUGAGCCAAACUUUGUGGUUUCAUCAAAGAUGUUUUUAUGCCAAAGCACACGUGUAGACACACUUUACGACCACGUGAGGGGCUUUUGCUUUCCUUUUUCUACUGUUUAGGAAAAAACAAAGUGAGGUAAAGACCUGCUUCAUUAUGCACAAAGACAGUUAGUGAACUAUAAUCAGAAACAAGACAGCUAUUCAGUUUUAGCUCUUAAGUUUGUUUUAACCAUCUGUUAACCAGCAAAGUUGACUGGGAGAGUUUGAUUUUUGUACUUUUAGAUGUUUGGAUUUUACAAAAAGACAAAGUUGUUACUUUGACUGUUCAGUAAAUUAAUUUGUUUACAGAUUCGUUCAGCAGUCAGUUCAAGUUUCAAAAGACAUUUCGUACCACUAAGAAAAGAACAAUCAGGUUAAUAUACUGAAAGGAAUCAGUGGUGUUUUAUUACAUGUAAGUACAACUAUUACUGUAUAAGCUGUAAAAGAAUUGAUAAUGUCCCUUCUUUGUUCCACAAGUUUGUAAAUGUUUCAGGAAAAACUCCUUCUUGUUUUACUUUGUGUUCGAUAAUGUUUCAUGAAGCACUUUCCAGAUUUUGACUGAUAUUUACAGUAAAAAAUACUUCUCUGUACUCCUGGUGUUGCAACAGUUUGAUUUUGUGACAUCUACAGGCUCUUCAUCGGGUUUUCUUUUGCUUUUCCCGUUUAGUUUUCUCCACCCAUUUAUCUUCUGGAUCAACAAAGAGACUGUGUGUGCAGUCCAGUAUCCACACCCGUG